CUACAUUGUUUGCGGGUGUUUGCGAAAUUCUGAUAAUUGCGACUUGGAUAUAUAUCCGAGAUUUUGUUAAAUAAACAGUUUAAAUUAAACCGGCAAGAUUGCUAUCAUAAUGACUGUAAAGGAAAAGGAGCCCCAGUAUACUGGGCCCUAUAAAAUGACUAAGUUGACCCCGGCUCUGUCGAGCAACUAUUACGAAUAUCUCAUCCAUGACAAGUUCGACCAUAGCUUUGUGCAGGCUUGGGACCUCAUGAUGGGAGUAAACAACUUAGCUUCCUGCAUAGCCACCCUGCAGAAGGCCAUUGACAAAAAGAAUGGCAUAGAGGAGCCGGAAAUUGAUACAAAAGAUCUGUACCACAUGCAGAUUGAUAGUUAGAUCAUCAAUUGUCGUGUCAUUACCCACCAGUAUUAUUUAACCAAAAUGUCAAUAUCAAUAUUUAACUAUUCAACCUUUUUGGAGCGGUAAUCUCCAGUAGAAAUGUUAUUAAGAUCUGCUUUUUAUAAAUGUAUGUAUUUAUAUAGAUUGUGAUGGGUGCACUUGUUAGGUAUACCAUUGGUAUGGCAGCUAAGCUGUUUGGAGUUAUUGUUACGGAUUUUUGUCUAUUAAAGUUUAUUAUACCUCUAUGGUUUAAAGAAGAUUGAACACCUGGAUUUUGUGAGGGAGGCUGAAUAUAACUGGUAAGUGAUAACAACAUGAAUACAGGGAGUAAAGAUAGACUGGAUGGUUUGAAACUGAUUGCUAUGUAUCUCAGUAUUAUGACAUUCCCACAGGUUUUAGAUUUUAAGCUUAUUUUU